AUGAUCGCUAGCAUCCUGGAGAUUGUUGGCCAGAGUGCCCUAUAUGUUGUCAACAAUUUGGAGACACCGCUCACCACAAUUCUUGUAUCUCGUAUUUUGCUGAAUAUCCAAGAAACGGCCCGAGCCGCGCAGAGGGAGCAAUCCGAUACUCCCUCAUUUGUCCGCUCAGGCCAUGGGGUGCAGACUGAAUUGGACAUCGACAUACCCAGCCUUGUGAUCCCUUCUGGUCUCUCAAACAGCAUUCCUGCAAUUGACCCAGAGACGGAGCCUUCCGUAACCACCACCAACCAGGCAAAUGCUGUCGCAGAUGAGGCAAUGGUCACCGGCCCUUCGAAUCAAUACCGUCAUUGCAAAGCACAGCAAGUUGAGGCACCCAUGGAGGCUACACCAUCUGGUCAAGGCCGCGAGGACGAUGUGGAGCAGGGUCAGGCGGAGGGAGAGGCCGCAGAGGAUUGGGAGGACAACUACUAA